AUGUCACAACUUAUUAGAGAACAUUUGCAAUUACACUGGACAGGUCAACAGAGCUAUCAGGUCAAAGACGGAGUGGAGCUUUACACUUUCGAGUCCGAUAGGGUUCGGAAAAUGAUCAAAAAGAGUUCAUGCGGACUUACCUUUAGCUAUGACGAUGAAGAGUGUCACGAGUAUACCUCAGAAGGUCCUUGCUGUUCUCGAUAUAGUUACAGGAACAAGAAGCCGUGGUUUGAUGAUGAAGUUUAUUUUCAUGAGUAUCGAGAAGAGCCUUUGUUUUGGGCUGAACAAUACGAGGGAAGAAUCAAUGGACAGGAUUGUAGAUUUUCCCAGUUUGGAACUGACGACCAUUAUACUUAUGCUUACUACUGGGACGACUGUUUGGAAGAGUACACUAGCUAUGAGCUGGAGGGAAUUGUAACCUAUGAGUUUGUAUACAAAGAUAUAUUUGAACUGGGAAUCAUCACAGGGGAAGAAUCACCUGAAGGACACCAAUAUUAUCACGAGUUUCAUAACCUACAAGGCUCAGGAGUUGAAGGAACCGUAGAGGAGGAAACACAAAGAAUUCUUCCAUCCCCUGAGAGAAAAAUAAAACUCAAAAACAUCUGCAUACUAAUCGUCGCCACACUAAUCUUGACCACAAUAAUGGUUGUUCAUAAAGUACUUUUAUUAUAA